UGUAUAUGUACCCACUACACUCUGACACUUUUCUCUCCGCUAAACCAUUUUCAUUUUUAGACUCUUUCUUGAAUUAUUCAUCAUCCCUUAGCUUGGCUUCUGAAUUCUUAUUCUCUUGACUUCAUAAUUCCUACUUCUGGAACUGAGAUUCGGUGCAGUAUUGGAGGCGCGAUGGAUUGGGAUUGGGAGUGGUUGAAGGAGUUCUUGAAGGGUAUGUUGAAGCCGGUGGCGGCGCUGGCGGUGGUCGCCAUGGCGGUGGCCUUGUCCUACUUUCAGAGAUUGGGGCUGGAACGAGAAAUGGCGUUUUCUAUUUUCAGAGCUUUUCUUCAGCUCUCAAUCAUUGGCUUUGUUCUUCAGUUCAUUUUCAGCCAGGACAACGUUCUUUGGAUACUUCUUGCUUAUCUUUUCAUGGUAUCAGUGGCGGGAUAUACAGCAGGUCAACGAGCGAAGCAUGUGCCGCGAGGGAAGUAUGUUGCUGGGGUGUCCAUCUUGGCUGGAACCGCGAUGACAAUGUUUUUGUUGGUGAUCUUGAACGUCUUCCCUUUCACUCCCCGGUACAUAAUCCCGGUUGCGGGGAUGAUGGUUGGGAAUGCCAUGACUGUCACGGGUGUUACAAUGAAAAAGCUUCGCGAUGACAUCAAAAUCCAAAUGGCCUUGGUAGAAACUGCGUUAGCUUUAGGCGCUACGCCUAGGCAGGCGACGGUUCAGCAAGUGAAGAGGGCGCUAGUUUUAGCACUUUCUCCUGUCCUGGACAAUGCGAAGACAGUUGGGCUUAUAUCCCUCCCGGGCGCAAUGACAGGGCUUAUAAUGGGAGGGGCUUCUCCAUUGGAGGCCAUUCAACUUCAGAUUGUUGUCAUGAAUAUGCUUAUCGGGGCUUCAACCGUCAGCAGCAUUCUCUCGACUUACCUCUCUUGGCCGUCGUUCUUCACCAAAGCAUAUCAGCUCGAAACAAAGGUUUUUUCUUCUGAUUAACCAUUCAUACCUGCAUAAUUUGGCGAAUAUUGUUCUAUGACAUCUUGGUGGCAUUGUGAGUUGUAUGAUUAGCAAUCAAAGAACAAAGAUGGGUUUGGUUUGUGUUUGACAAUGUGUGUAUAUAUAUAUAGAUAUAUUGUUGUUACAA